CCUAAAAGAAGACAGCUCACAUUUGCCUGCCUACUACCAGCUUUUUAUCUUGCUCUUGACCACUCAGAACUUCAGUCUUCCUGCUAUUGCCUUCCAGCAUCAUGGAGAAAGUCCAGUACCUCACUCGCUCUGCUAUCAGGAGAGCCUCAACUAUUGAAAUGCCUCAGCAAGCACGGCAAAAUCUCCAGAAUCUUUUUAUCAAUUUCUGUCUCAUCUUGAUCUGUCUCCUGCUGAUCUGCAUCAUUGUGAUGCUUCUAUGAAGUACGGCUGCCACCUCCAGAUCUGUGACAUGCCAGCUCAGCUUCAAACCUAGCACCUCCUCAUGGGGGGGGAAAUACAGCCUGCUCCCUGCCUAGAAUGUCUUUGUGAAGGUCAAGAUGAGGGGUGAAACUAAUCCUUAGCCAAUGUUUUCAUCUGGAUCUUGUAAACAAACUUUACAAUGACUAAGUGUGCAUAAUGAAGCUGCCGAUUUCCUCAAAAUGGCUCAUAAAUUUCUUUCCUGAUUAUUUCU